GUUGGUUGCUGCAGCGCCAAUCUGUAAACUACACUGCUGUAUGCCAUGUUUGUGUACUCUCUCUCUCUCACCAGCGCAGACACAUACCAAUCAACACACAACACACACACACACACGCGCGUAAACCUGCCCUCUACUCCAAUCUGGGGCCCUCCAAUCUAGCUGUUACACUUGACAAGCCUUCAUUCACAUCGCCAUUGACAUAAUUCCUCAGUCGUCUUCUUGUUCCUCGUAACUUUCUUCUUCGAUUGCCGAUGUAACGGAAGUGAGUGCGCGAAAUAUAGCAGAGUGUGCACGAAGUGCAUCGCGAACGGCCUAAUCGGCCAAGGGCGCAAGAUGAAGCUGGCCUGCCUGUUCUUAACAAUCUUGGCCGCGACUUCAAGUAGGCGACGACAUUUUGUGACUGCUGCCUGCUCGGGUGAUGACGAUUCGUUUUAUUUCGAUGCUUCGGAUACGGUCCUCGAUGCCACCCUGAGCGGCUGCUAUGCCGUUGAACCUGACGGAGAUGAAGCAAACGACGUUCGAGUCUUCACGUUGAAGGGUGAUGAGCAAGUCGACGGUUCUAUGGUGUUCUGGGCGACUUCAAGUUUCACCGACAGUCUCGUCUGGACCGUGGGAGUUUUUGACUCCGAAGACCAAAGCCAUUCGAAAGUGUGCUACGACAACAAUUUACAGGACGUGGCCGAAGUACACCCCUCGGCAGUUCUCUCCUGGAAGUGUCUGGACGACACUCCUGAUGAAUUUGAGAUUGAGGAACAAUCUACUUGCAACUGCAUCACUCUCUCCCCUUCUCCUUCCCCCAUCGAACCCUCACCAAAUAUUCCGACUCCUACACCAGCUCCUGCUGCGGCUCCAACAGCUUCACCGCCCCCAACAUCUGCUCCUUCUUUCGGCAUCACCUCAACCAUCAGUCCUGUAACUACUCCCUCGGAACAAGGGUCGGCUUCGGGCUCUACACCUAUCGUAGCGGGGAUAGUUUCCGCCGUUGCUGGUGUGGCCCUCAUCACGCUUGCCGUAUUAUUAAAGCGGCGCCGAGGCUCGAACCAGAAAAUGACUCUCACGUCCGCGGUUCCGGUUCCUCCCACCCACGACGACGACAACGUCGAGCAAGGCCGGGAAGAGCCGCCGGACGUCCGCCCCCCUUCAUAUCCAGCAGUGGUUGCCGUAGGCGAUGGAAACGAUCAUUCGCCUUCCCACCAGCGCAACGCAUCGCUUUUUGGACACACGCCGGCGGAGGUUGACGCGGUCGACAGUGGAGGCAUCGUCCCGCCAUCGGCACCGGCCGCACUGGACGGCCAGGUGCAGCCGAGCGCUGAACAUGCCGAGAAUGCCGCCGAAGGUUGUGGUGCUCGGCUCACCAGCGAUGGCUCAGCGGAGAAGUUCGUGGCGGCCACCACUGCUAUCACCGCUACAACUUCCACUGCCAACCUGUCGACAGCUGAACGGGACGAACUCUCCCAAUUUCACCAAAGAGAACGCGAACGCGUCGUAGCCGCGCCAGUCUCCGGCGAACCCAAACCCGAAGAAGCCUCAGGCGGCGGCACCGGGGCCUCCUCGGCGGCUGACCACCAAAACUCGGCCGACAUCGGGCUUGGCCGCGUCGUUUUGGCGGCAGCCCAAGAGCUGGCGCAUCAUUGCCAGAUCCCUGGCGUCAGCGAGGCGGCGACAGCGGUGUGCAUGAUGGCGAACCUGGUGACGGAUAGCCGCGACAACGCCAGGGCGAGUCAAUCAAGACUUCGGCAGUGCAGCACAGUCGUUAUGGCGCUUAAGCGGGCGGCAAAGGUUGCCGACAAGGGCGGAGACACGAUCGGGAGUGUAGCGCGUGGGAUGAUUGAAGACGUGCACGGGGCCAUCUUCGAUCUCGUGCAGCUAAUCAAAACUUACCAAAGCAAGACCAAGCUUUCGAGGUUGUUUAUGUCGACGCUGUUCAAACGGCGCCAAGAGGAGCUAGAUGCCGUAGUGGACCAAGCAAUCAUGCGUCUGCAGUUGGGGCUUCAGCUGCAAGUUGGACAAGACGUGGGCGCAGUCAAGGAUGAUGUCAGCGCAGUCAAGGACAGCUUUAACUCAGUGAAGGACGGGAUGGACCUGUAUCAGCUCUCCCUCUCGGAGGCUGCAUCCGAGUCCGUGGCGAAGGCUCGUCGCAUCAAGCGGCAACGCAAGCUUGACCGAGUUGAGAUUCCCGCGGAAUACUUGUCCAUCACAGACGAACUGUUGGGAAAGGGAGGCUUCGGCGAAGUGUACCUGGCCGACUACAACGGCCACAAUGCAGCGGCGAAGGUGCUGUAUAUCGCUCACGACGUAGGCGCCCUUGACGAGAACCAAAAGCAGCGGGAAACGAGAGAGCGCAGAGCGUUUUUGCGGGAGCUGGAAGCCAUGAUCCGCCUUCGGAGCCUCAACACGGUCAACGUCUUCGGAGCAGUGACCUCUUUACCGGACCGUAUGGUGCUCGUCAUGGAGCUGCUCGCGGGCGGAGAUCUCCUCACGUUGCUGAGGAAGUCUAAGAAGGCACUCCCCGAGGAGCAGUCAAGGCUUAUCAUCCGAGACAUCUGCACCGGCAUGGCUUUCCUGCACAGCAAGAACACCGUCCACGGCGACCUCAAGUCGGCCAACGUACUUCUGGAUGACAUCGGCAGGGCCAAGAUCGCGGACUUCGGCACGUCCAGGUGGACACAGACCAUUAACUCCACCGGUCUGACAACGUACACCACCAAAUCAAGCCAAACCACCCAGAUGAGCAUCGCCUGGAGCGCACCUGAGGUGCUCGACUCGGAAAAAAGCUCCUACGAGAGCGAUGUAUAUAGCUUCGGGAUCGUGGUGUGGGAGGUGCUCUCCAGGGAACUACCAUGGGCGAACAAGACGCGUCCUAGCGAGGUACUGACGGCGGUGUUGAGGGGGAUCCGGCCUUCGUUCCAUGUAGGCGCUCCUGCCGACAUCGUGGACAUCGCCAAGGCCUGUUGGUGUGGGGAGCCCAAGGAACGUACUACAUUCAGAGCGAUCUUGGACGGCAUGAAGGCGAAUGGCUGGGGUGAUGAGUAGGCUCAACACCGGGCGCGUUCGUAGCUGUGCCGUACCGGUGCCCGUGUUCCCAUGUUGAAUCCCCGAGACUCCCAUCGUGGACGCUUGGGACACGUAGAGCGCAUGCCUCUUGCGUGUUAUCACAGACCCGCUUGUAUGUGUAUGUAUUGAGUGCCCCGGCUCCAAAAGCGAAAGCUUGGACUGUGCGUGUGUUGGCCCUCUUGGCCCUCGUAACCUCCCAAAAGGCUUCGACUGUGUGUGUGCUGGCCAUCAGAACCACCCAAACAGGGAAGGAUCGAUCGAGGCUCCGACUGUGCGUGUGUUGGACCUCGAAACCACCCAGAAGGCGUCGACUUUAUGUGUGUGUGUUAGACCUCGAAACCACCCAGACAACAACCACGACAACAACGACAACAACAACAACAGCACCGACACCAACACCAACAACCAAAACAACAAUGGCCACAGCAAAAUGUGCGAGUCAGCGGGCUUUUUGGGUAGUAAAGACUACUACACAACCUGACCGUUUACCUUCCAUGUACACGGAGUUGCAUCUAGACGUAGACAGUUGCGGCCCGCACUUAAGAACCGCUUAUUUUGCGUAUCCCUCAAGGCUUAGUGGCUGCCGCAACCCGAGCACCUGUUCCUAUUUUGCCAUGUUCAUAUUUCGACCAGGCACCCGUCGCCAAAAUCGGGGGUUCUUGUUCUUAUUUCAACAUCGAGUCCUCCGUAGGUAGGUAUAUGACACAUUCUUAGGUGGAUCUUGCAAGAGGCACAACUGCUGUGCAAACAUGCUCAUGCCUGAUACACUUCUCAACCUUCUUGGUCGACAUGGGUCACGUUGGCGCGUAAUACCCUUCCCGCUCUACUAACGCCUACUCUAGUCUAGCUCCAGCUGCACGCGGUAGUCGUACAGGUGGCGGGUGCGCAGCUGAGAUUGCCGAGUGAUCAACGCACCAAACCACCCCAUGCCCAGCCUUAUGCGCACCCCACGUUGCAAAAGCGAACUGUCAAGAGUAGCGGGUUUGGAUUGU